AUGCGCAAGGCUACAGAGAUCUCCAAUGAACCCGCUACAUUUACCAUCAAGAACGGACCCAUCUUCGAGGGCAGGUCCUUUGGUGCCAAAACCAACGUCUCUGGCGAGGCCGUCUUUACCACCUCGCUCGUCGGAUACCCCGAGUCUAUGACUGACCCCUCAUACCGUGGUCAGAUUCUCGUCUUCACACAACCGCUUAUUGGCAACUAUGGAGUUCCAUCAAGCGCCCGCGAUGAGCAUGGCCUGCUCCGCUACUUUGAGUCGCCAUGGAUCCAAGCAUCGGGUAUUGUCGUCCAGGACUACGCUCUGAAGCACAGCCAUUGGACUGCGGUCGAGUCACUUGCACAAUGGUGUGCUCGUGAGGGUGUUCCCGCCAUCUCGGGCGUUGAUACUCGUGAGAUUGUCACAUACCUCCGUGAACAAGGUUCUUCCCUUGCUCGCAUCUCAGUUGGAGAGGAGUACGAUGCCGAUGAGGAUGAGGCUUACAUCGACCCUGAGGCUAUCAACCUCGUCCGUCGCGUAUCCACCAAGGCACCUUUCCACGUCAGCUCUUCUCUGGGCGACAUGCAUGUGGCUCUGAUCGACUGCGGUGUCAAGGAGAACAUUCUCCGCAGCCUCGUCUCUCGCGGUGCUAGCGUUACCUGCUUCCCCUUUGACUACCCCAUCCACAAGGUUGCGCACCACUUUGACGGAGUCUUCAUCUCCAACGGCCCAGGUGACCCAACCCACUGCACCACCACCGUGCACAACCUCCGCAAGCUCUUCGAGACGUCGCAAAUCCCUGUCAUGGGUAUCUGUAUGGGUCACCAAUUGAUUGCGCUCGCUGCCGGAGCAAAGACAAUCAAGCUCAAGUACGGAAACCGUGCCCACAACAUCCCCGCACUUGACCUUACCACUGGCAAAUGCCACAUCACCUCGCAAAAUCACGGCUACGCCGUUGAUCCCACCACUCUAACCAGCGAGUGGAGGGAAUACUUUACCAACCUCAACGACCAGUCCAACGAGGGUCUCAUCCACAACUCCCGUCCCAUCUUCAGCGCUCAGUUCCACCCCGAAGCAAAGGGCGGACCCCUUGACUCGGCCUACCUCUUUGACAAGUACAUGGAAAAUGUCCAGCAGUACAAGAGCCACCAGGCUGGUUUCUCGGAGCGCAACAACAAGCCCAGCCCUCUUCUUGUUGACUUGCUCAGCAAGCAGCGUGUUGGCGUUCACCCUGCUGCACCGGACUUUGAGGGCCAUGCUGCGGGUAUGGACGGUCAGCAGAUUGAUAUUGGAGGCCCGGUUGCGCCUUCUUACCAGCCUAUUACUCAGAAGCCUGUUGCUUCUGCUGCUUAG